GGAGGGAGAGACUGGAGGAGCCAGGGCUACUUGCGCGCAGGCGCACUGGCUUGCACCUGGCUCCCGGCAGCCGUGGAAUUAAGCAUCGCCUGCCAGGAUUGCGGGACAGCAAUGGCCAGACUGCCCAUGGCUAUGAGCCCUCAAUGCUCCUGGGGCUGAGGCUCAGCCAACAGCCAUGGGGCUGAACUGGCCCCAAGUCUGGUUGUUGGGCCUGCCCACAGCCAUGGUCUAUGGUUCCUUGGCUCUCUUCACCUCCAUCCUGCACAAUGUGUUCCUGCUCUACUAUGUGGAUACCUUUGUCUCUGUGUACAAGAUCAACAAAGUGUCCUUCUGGGUUGGAGAGACGGUGUUUCUCCUCUGGAACAGUUUCAACGACCCCCUCUUCGGCUGGCUCAGUGACCGCCAUUUCCUCAGCUCCCAGCAACGGUCAGGUGCUGGGCUCUCCUCCAGAGCUGUGGUGCUGACCCGGGUGCGGGCUCUGGGCUGGCAUGGGCCACUGCUGGCACUGUCAUUCCUGGCAUUCUGGGUACCCUGGGCCCCAGCUGGCUUGCAGUUCUUGCUGUGCCUGUGUCUUUAUGAUGGCUUCCUGACACUUGUGGACCUACACCAUCAUGCCUUGCUGGCCGAUCUGGCUCUCUCAGCCCAUGACCGCACCCACCUCAACUUCUACUGCUCCCUCUUCAGUGCAGCUGGAUCCCUAUCUGUCUUUGCCUCCUAUGUCUUCUGGAACAAGGAGGACUUUUCCUCUUUCCGUGCCUUCUGUGUGGCAUUGGCUGCUGGAUCUGGGCUGGGCUUUCUAGGGGCCACGCAAUUGCUGAGGCGACGGGUUGAGACAACCAGAAGGGACCGGGGCUACCCAGCCCUGGUCAUGGAUGGUGGCCUUGGUGAAGAGGAGCCACUGGUAGGUGCUGAGGAGGCAGGGAGUGUCACCCUGGGCCAGUACCUCCAGCAGCUGGCACGCCACCAAAACUUCCUGUGGUUUGUGGGCAUGGACCUGGUGCAGGUGUUUCACUGCCACUUCAACAGCAAUUUCUUCCCCCUUUUCCUGGAGCACCUGUUGUCAGACCACCUCUCCCUCUCCACUGGCUCCUUCCUGUUGGGCAUCUCCUAUGUUGCUCCUCAUCUCAACAACCUCUACUUCCUGUCCCUGUGUCGGCACUGGGGCGUCUACGCAGUGGUGCGGGGGCUCUUCCUGCUCAAGCUAGGCCUUAGCCUGCUCAUGCUGUUGGCUGGUCCGGACCACCCUGGCCUGCUUUGCUUCUUCAUUGCAAGCAAUCGUGUCUUCACUGAGGGUACUUGUAAGCUGCUGACCCUGGUGGUCACUGACCUGGUAGAUGAGGACCUGGUUCUGAACCACCGAAAACAGGCAGCUUCAGCACUUCUCUUUGGCAUGGUUGCCCUGGUGACUAAACCAGGCCAGACCUUUGCCCCAUUGCUUGGUACCUGGCUGCUCUGCUUCUACACAGGUCAUGACCUUUUCCAGCAGCCCCCAAUGACUCCUGUGGGGAGUGUCCAGCCAUGGCCAGAGCCACCAGCCCCAGCCCCAGCACAGGCUCCAACGCUCCGCCAGGGCUGCUUCUACCUACUGGUGUUGGUGCCCAUCACCUGUGCACUGCUGCAGCUCUUCACCUGGUCCCAGUUCACGCUGCAUGGGAGACGCCUACGCAUGAUCAAGGCCCAGCGCCAGAACCUGACACAGAUCCAAACACUGGACAUUAAGAUGGUAUGAGAGGUGUGGCAGGGCCACUCUGCUGAGGUCACUGCCCUAGGUCUGGGCCUAGGGCACCUUCCUUGGGUGCAGCCUGGAGGACAGAAGGCAAAUUGAGGGCUCCGGCGGUGGUGGUGGGGGGAGGGGGGGCUGAGCCAGGAUGUCACUGAGGUCUCCCCCUCUUUAACUAGCUGACUCAGCUUGGGCAAGCGCUGGGCCAUAUAUGCUCAGGGACCUGCUACUGCCAUGGGGCAGGAGGAAAGAGGAGGACCAGAAAGGGUAAGGCUCAGUGUGAUGUAUAAGGGGCUGCCACGAGGCCUGGCCCACUUCCUGGCUGGGGCUGUCCUCUCUGAUUGGCUCAGGAACCCUUUCUGAUACUGUGCCUGCUUCCUUUUGCCCAGUCAGGAGAAGCUGGCUGUAAGUGCCAUUUGCCUCCUCCUCCCACCCUUCUAGUAGUUUCUCUCAGAGGGCUCUCUGCUUCAGCUAUGCUUGAAGCAGCCUAUUCCCUCUGCUGUAGUGCUCCCCAAACCCCAGCAGGCCUCUGAACUCCAUAAAGAAGCUCAUUUCAUUACAGAUCAAGUAAAGCCAGUCAUUCCUAUUCUUCAGGUCUAUGCCAUUUGUGUGUGUGUGUGUGUGUGUGUGUGUGUGUGUGUGUGUGUAGCAGAGAGACAAAUACCCCGAGAGCAUUUUCCUAAAUAGAAUAGCACUGCAACUGCAUCAGACUCAUUGUGGUGCCAAGACAAGAAUGCAGAUGGUAAGCUGAACCUGGUGAUCCAUGCCUGUAAUCCCACCGUUUGGAAGACUGAGGCAGGAUCGCCUCAAGUUCAAAGCCAUCCUGGGCCAGAGUGGCACCAUGUCUCAAAAACAAACAAUGACAACAAAUACAGAUAGACCACUGGCUGCUUGGGCCUGGAACCAGUUGCCUUAGUGCACUUCCCCCAUAUCACUACUGGACACAGUUGUCAAAGAACAGGCAUUCUGAGCCCAGAGAUCACAAGAUGCUUCAGAAAAUACUAGUGUUGAUUCUCCAAGAUUGUGACUGAGUGGGUCUAGACUGUGGUAUAAACUUUGGAGUAAUGAAAACCUCUCUGUACGUGAUUUUAUC